GGCACCUUUCCCACCCAUACUCCUUCUCCUUUCCCCCUGACUCAAUGCUCACAACUCGCGGGAUCAGUCGAGCGUCAGACUGCGUCAGAUUCCGACGCUCUCGUCACGUUUUUUAAUACUUCUUUUGUAUUUUUAUUUAUUCUUUUUAUUUUACCAAAGUUUGACGGCAGAGUUGGGCGCAAUGGGGAACGGAAGGCAAUGCUGUAUUGCGCUGCUACUCAUUUCCCUCCUGAUGACGGUAAACGCCGGCGACAUGAUGCGAAAGAGCAUAGUAUACGAUAAGAACACCCCAGAUCUAUUCUACUGCCCCCAGCACAAGCCAACGGGCUUCGAGAAGAUGAUAGUCAGAGCGAAACCCCUGUCGAGGCUCUGCCAGUUCGCGGGUGGACCGAUCCCCGAGGAUUACAAGAGUGACUGUUACAAUGACGUUGAUGAGACCGAGUACGCUUGUAAAGAGAAGUACAGGAUCAUGAAACGCUUGAAGGAGUUGGAAGCUGAGAAGGCCAUCUCCAACGACGAUAUAUCGCCAGAUUUUUCGCAAUAAAACAACUGAUUAUCUAACUCCAGAAAUAAAAUGAAUAACUCGUCCAUGAAACUCUGGAAAUCCUUGGAAAAGGGCUAUAGAGAGCAAUAUAUUUAGUAAUCUUCUGAAUAAUUAACUAAAUAAAACAAUUUAGACAUUAA